AUGACAGUCCAAACUAUUUGCUCAAAGGGCAUUUUCCACGGCUUGCCUGUCUUUCCGGACGAUGUGGAAGGCCUCACGGCCAUUGUCACCGGUGCCAAUGGCAUUUCCGGCACGCAUAUGCUUCGCGUCCUAUGUGAAUCGCCCAAACGAUGGAAGAAAAUCUACGCCGUCUGUCGUAGACCACCUCAUGGUGAAUGGCCAAGUCAGGUUGAACAUGUCUCAAUGGACUUACUCCAGUCCCCGGAGAAGAUUGCAGAGCAGAUACACAAGCGAGGAAUGAAGGCUGACUACACGUUCUUCUUCGCUUACAUCCAGCCGAAGCCGAAAGAGGGCGAGAGUAUUUGGAGUGCUGUUGAUGAGCUUGUUAAGGUUAACACCGCCCUAUUGAGCAACUUCCUUGAGGGACUGGCAAUUUCCAAGUCUGUCCCUCGGAGGGUCCUGCUCCAACUAGGGGCAAAGUAUUACGGCGUGCAUCUAGGCCCCUCCGCAGUACCGCAGGAAGAAUCUGAUGAACGGGUCCAUCUGGAGCCGAACUUCUAUUACCCCCAGGAAGACUGCCUGCGCGACUUUGCUCAGAAGCACGGUAUUGGAUGGAACAUCACCCGUCCCUCCUGGGUCCCUGGCGCUGUUCCUGAUGCAGCGAUGAACCUCUGUCUUCCACUUGUCAUCUAUGCCACGAUCCAGAAGCACCUUGGGAAGCCAUUGGAGUUUCAUUCAGAUCUUAACGCUUGGGAAGCAAACCAAACGCUAUCCACGGCACACCUGAACUGCUACCUCGCAGAAUGGGCCGUCCUGGAGCGCCACGCCAAGAACGAGAGCUUCAACGCCUCCGAUGACUGUCCGUUUACCUGGGGCAAAUUCUGGCCGCGACUAGCGGAAAGAUUCAGGGUGCCAUGGACAGGACCAUCUACCGACCCAUCUGCAUUCAAGGAACAAGAAACACCAUACAACCCUCCACCUCGCGGAUUCGGACCCCCAGCCAAGCUGCGAUAUCGAUUUACCUUGACGGAAUGGGCUAAGAAGCCUGAGGUCCAGCAGGCGUGGAAGGAACUUGCAGAGAAGUACCAGCUGCGGGAUGGGUCGCUGGGAGAUGUUGAUAGGAUUUUCGGGUUUGCUGAUGCUGCGUUGGGCAUGUCGUAUCCUAUUCUUUUCAGCACGGCGAAAGCGAAAAAACUCGGGUUCUUUGGGUUUGUCGACAGUACCGAGUCUGUGUUCAAGGUGUUUCAGGAGUUUGUAGAUCUGAAGAUGGUUCCUCCUCUUCCUUGA